UUCCGACUGACAUCGCCGAUGGAGCCCCGAGCAAAUGCCGCGACGGCGUGGAGCCCAGUGAAGGAACAUGACAACCUUUUUGCCUUGGGCAACAGCGCGAGCGAGCUCCAUCUUGUGUCCCUAGACUUCAACGCGGUGAAUGCCGCCCCACCCGCUGUGGGUCGUGUGACCGCGACCGCGCCUUUCCGUACACUGGCUUGGAGUCGUGCCGCAAAGCACGUUCAAGCACAUCCGUGGGGUCUCGUGGCUGGAGGACUCGAAGACGGGACAGUUAGCAUUUGGGAUCCCGCCCACCUCUCGACAGCAUCGGACCAAGUCGUCGGCCCCGUCAGCACGGUUGCCAAACACAAGGGCGCCGUCACCUCGUUACAAUUCAAUCCGAACAGGGACAGCUCCCACUUGCUCGCAUCAGGCGGCGCGGACGGGGAUGUCUGGAUCAUGUCUCUCAACAACGUCGCGGCUCCUGGGGUCUUUUCUCCUGGUGUCGCGGCAUCCGCUGGUCCGGCGUCCGAAAUCACAUGCGUAUCGUGGAAUACCACGGCGCCUUAUAUUCUGGCGGCUGGCGACAGCAGUGGCCACGUGACGGUAUGGGACCUCAAGCAGAAGAAACCGUGCUUUAAUGUGGCCGUGUACGGUCCGAUCUCGUCUUUGGCAUGGAGUCCGCAUGAAGGAUUCCUUCUCCUCACCGCAUCGCGGUCGUCGCCCGUCGUGCACAUUUGGGACUUGCGCGCGAGCAACUCGGUCCCGCUUGUCGAGUUGCAUGGACACAACGGAGGCGGCAUCCUUUCCGCGGCGUGGUGUCCCCAUGGCUCUGGACUGCUCAUCACAAGCGGAACCGAUGGCCGCACGUUGGUAUGGAAUUUGCAAACCCGACAGAUUUUGUACCAAGUCCCCACCCCGACCGAGCACGUGGCAGUUUGCCACUUGGCCUUCUCUCCUCAAAUUGCUGGCCUUGUCGCGUAUACAAUCUCCCAGGACGACGCCGUCCACGUCGUUCAUGCAACCGCUGGUGGUGCGUCUUCCGUCUUGAAAUGGACCCCAUCGUUGCCUUCCCAAGCACAAGCACACGAGGCAAGCGACUCCACCGAUGUCGCUGAGCCCCCAACGACCAUUGCUUCUCAUGCUCCCAUCUCUACGCCUGGUACUGUGUCGGCACAACCUGAGUUGGAUGCUGCAUCUUUGGCCACUUUGCGGCCAACCCCGCUUCAGCGUUCGCAUGUUGCGGCGACAAGCCCGAUCGACUUAGUCGAUCACGCUCCAGUUCACACACCCUCGACUGCUACAAGCCAUGAAGUCCCUCCGGCGAACGUUCGUGAUGGCCCAACUGGCGCUCCUUCGGAACCUUCAUCGCGUUGCCCGCCCGCGACCGUCGACGAACUCACUCAGGCUGCCAUUCAAUUGGACACGAUGACUGCCGAAGCUUUUUGUGAUUGGAAACUCGAAUCGAGUCGCUGCCAAAUCGACCAACAGGCGCGCCAGACGUGGAGCUUCCUCAAGGUGUUGUUUGAGCACGACGCGCGCAAGCAGUUGCUUGUACACCUUGGAUUUGAUGGCGCGGUCGAGCCGCCCUCUCCAUCGACCCAAGCCCGAGACGAACGCGAAGACUUGAUCGAGACAAGUCCGUUGCCUGCGUUCACGGCGGCGUCGGAAGCGUCCAUCAAGCGCUCGCUCUUGGUGGGUAACUUUGAAGCUGCUGUCGACGUGUGCCUGGCCAACAAUCAGCUGGCCGAUGCGCUGCUUCUGGCGACAUGUGGCGGCCCCGAGCUGUGGCAUCGCACGCAGGAAGCGUUUUUUGCGAAACAAACCCGCCCGUUCAUGAAAAGUGUCGCCGCGAUCAUCAAGAACGAGCUGGACACCCUUGUGCUUGAAUCGGACCCGGUGGCGUGGAAGGAGACGCUGGCAAUCUUGAGCACGUAUUCCAAGAGCGAUGAAUUUCCUGCGUUGUGCGACCAACUCGCGUGGCGCCUCGUUGAUGCCGGCGACUCGUUUGCGGCGAGUUUAUGCUUUAUAUGCGCGAUGAACAUGACGAAAACGAUUGAGAUUUGGACUGCGACCCUGCCGACGCCCUUUGCCGACUCCCACGAUCCCAUGGCACUCGUCAACGUUGUCGAGCAAAUUCACGUGUUGGCACAGGGCACCGGCCAGCCGCCGGAUUUUCACACACCUGUCUACGACGACUAUGCGGCGCUGCUGCACUCGUGGGGCCAAGCCGGCAUUGCGCGCAAGUUUUCCAAGCACGUCACAACCACCACGCGCAGCUCCAAGUCGACAGGGUCCUUCCGGUUCUCACCGCCCAAGCCCAUGAAGCUCACUCCGAUCGAUACGAGCCACUCGUACGAUGGAGCUCCGCACGAUGCAGCGGCUCACAACGAAUCGCCAUUGUCUCAGCCAGCCCCAUCGCCCCCUCUGCAUCCGCCGCAAGUCAAACCCGACGUUUACCACCCGACCGUGCCGUUGGCACGGCUCGACACAAGUCAGUCCGUCGAAGGGUAUGCAGACCCUGUACACCCCGGUGGUCCCGCUACGUCAUUCCCGUCGGACGGAGGGCAUGCCGGGGCAACUUUUGUCCUUCGUCCGCAAGGCUCCACGUCGCCGGCCCCACCCUCCCAGGCAUUCGACGUAGGCAAUUCAUUGUACGAUGUGCACGCGUCGAGCGAUCUAUCCGCUGGGUCCCCCGGACCAACUCCACCAGCGCCAGAAGCAGCCCCCGUGUCGCUGUUUCACGCCGCGCCGCCGACGCCACCCGCUGUGUCCGUCACAUUGUGUCCCCCAGUCGACAUGCCGCCGUUUGUUCGCACACCUGCGAUGGCAAAUAUUUCGGACGACGAUGUUGUGAUUGUCGAGACGCUGGUGGAGCUGCUCACGCUGCUCGCGUAUCAAAAGUUGUCGAGUGCCGAAACCAAGCAACUCGCCGAAGCGUCCAAGGCCAAGGAUGCGCUCGUGGCCAAGCUGAACAGUGCUGAUCUGUCGGACACUGUGCUCCGCAGUGUCCAUGACAUGAUGGCAGCUCUGAAGCGUCGCGAUUUCAAAGCGGCGCAACAAGUGCACGUUGCGCUGACGUCGUCGCAGUGGGCCCUGCAGAAGGAGUGGCUCCGCGGCCUCAAGGGUUUUUUCCAACUGUGCAUAAAACGACUUAAGUAACUUCGGCGACCGAUCGACGUACGUACUAUCCAGUCAUCGUGCGAGGGGCGCCAAGCGUCCGAGGUCAACCAGCGCAGUAAGCACCAAAUGCUUGCUCGUACGAAGCCGCAGGACGUCGGUCCAUUCGAGCAUGCCCGUGGAGGCAUGUAUGUCGAUGGAGUGGCGGCCAAGUACUUCAACGGGCACAGGAAGUCUCGCAUCUUGCCGCCUGCGGCUCGUGGUCCGCCGGGAAACCAAGACAGUGGGGGACCCGAUCGGAUUGUAGCUGCCCACCGACGAGUGCAUGGGUAAAAACGCAUCAUGGUGGAGCGCGCGAGGGACCGAAGCCAUGGAUGGCGGCUGCGUGUCCCGACACUGCAUCCUGAACACGACAAUGUCCACAAACAUGCAAGAGUGGAUU